AGAGGCGAGGGGGGGAGGAGAGUAAGAGAGAGAGAGAGAGACACAGGGUGAGAGAGUGGCACUGAGUGGUGUGAGAAUGACUAAAAAAACUCUGUAAAGAAAGAGAGAGGUUCCUCUCUGCUACGCUAACUUCUGUCAAAGUAGUAAGGAAACGUCGCGGCGGAGAGAUGUUGUCAUACAGCGACCAGGAUGCAGUGGAGACGGAGUAAAGAAAAAGAGCCAGCGGACAGUUAGCAGAAGAACUUGUUGGAGGAGCGAAGAGAGAAAGGCUCGUCGGCUUUCUUGAGUCGGGACGGCUCUCUGUCUGUGUGUGUGUGUGUGUGUGUGCGCGUGUGUGUCGGGCUUUUUUUUCCGCCGCAACUUGAGCAGCUUUCGCCGCUGCCAACUGCGGGACGAGAGGCGAGGAGCACACCGCGAGGUCCUGACCGCCUCAGUCCAGUGGAAAGUGUGCCAUUCGCUCGGUCCGGCUCGAUUCGGUUUGCGGAGGGAGAAGCGGAACGAGAGUGCGCCGCGGCUUUGGAAGAAAGAAAGAAAGACAGACGUUGUAGCAGCAGUUAAAAAAGUUAGCCGUGUGCCUUCAGCCAGUUUUCCACACCGGGAACUAGAGGCGAAGAAGAAGAAGAAGGAGCAGAGGCCGAAAAGACUGACUUUUUCUUCCCACCGGCAACUUCGGGGAAUUCACCCACUUGAGUGAACUUUAGCCGCUCGCUGUCUUUGCUAAGUGAGCUAAAGCGGAGAGAAUGAAAACACCUGGAGAUACCGGGUUUGCUUUCCCAGAAUGGGCUUACAAGCCGGAAUCGAGUCCUGGGUCCAGGCAGAUCCAGCUGUGGCACUUCAUUCUGGAGCUGCUCAGGAAAGAGGAGUAUCAUGAUGUCAUCGCCUGGCAGGGGGACUACGGCGAAUUCGUCAUCAAGGACCCCGAUGAGGUGGCCCGACUGUGGGGGGCCAGGAAGUGUAAACCCCAAAUGAACUACGACAAACUGAGCAGGGCACUGAGAUACUACUACAACAAGAGAAUCCUCCAUAAGACUAAAGGCAAGAGGUUCACUUAUAAGUUUAACUUCAAUAAACUGGUUUUGGUCAACUAUCCUUUCAUCGACAUGGGCUCGACCGGGAGCAGCGUUCCUCAGAGCGCUCCUCCUGUCCCCACUGGAUCAGGAACCCACUUCCGCUUUCCUCCUUCAACUCCCUCUGAAGUCCUCUCCCCCAACGAAGACCUCCGCAGCCCCGGUGGCAUGUUCAGCUCCGUGGCCCGGCGAAUGGCACGUGGCUCUGUCAGCGACUGCAGCGACGGCACUUCUGUCAACUCUGAGAUUGAGGAAGGUAACAGCGGGGCAGGAGAAGAGCGGGGAGAGAGGGGUGUGAGUGGAGGAGGAGGACCUGGGGGUGGAGGUGGCUAUAGGAGUAUCAUCCAUCCCCGUCUGUCUCAUGAAACCCUUUUCCGCAUGUAUGGAGGAGGAAACCCAGCUGGACACCCAGGAUCUCGUGGCCCUGCCGGGCACCGGAUCCACCCAGAUCCCCUGUCCCCCUUCCCUGUGUCCCCUCUGCCAGGGCCAGGAGGAGCUGGCCUUCUUGCUCCUCCUCUGUCCCCAGCAUUAUCCAUGACCCCCUCAUCUCACUUAGCCUAUACUCCCUCACCCACCCUGUCCCCCAUGUUAGGCUCCCACUUCUCCUUCAACCCAGAGGACAUGAAGCGCUAUCUGAAGGCCCACACCCAGUCAGUCUACAACUACGGCCUCAGCCCCAGAGCUUUCCUCCAGUACCCCAGUAUCGUCAUCCCACAGCCGCACCGGCCCGCGGCAGACAAGGUGGUUCUGAGCGGAGAAAGAGGCGCGGCCGAGAGAGCAGCAGGAGGAGAGAGAGGAGAGAGAGGAGGAGAGCGCCACCACCAUCCAUCUCUGGUUCACUCAGCUCACCACCAUCCGCACCAGCCUCACUCAGCUCACCCUCACCCUCACCCCCACUCCCAUCCAAUGCACCAUCCACUCCAUCUGGGUGAGGAGCCUCCACACAUGUCGCCCUUCAAGUUUAAGCUGCAGCCGCCACCACUUGGCAGGAAGCAGCGGGAGACUCAAAGCCAGAGCAAAGCCAGGCAGAGCUCACUGUCCUCAGGAUCUGGCUCCAUGUCGUCCACCUCUGGCCUUGGAUCCUCACUGUCGUUUGGCAGCGACCUGAGCUCAGCCAGUGGUUCGGGUCUCAUCUCUGCCUCGUCCUCAACCCAAUCUCUGAACAGUGCAGGACUUCCCAAGAUAAAGGUGGAGCCGAUCUCUGACAUAGAGUCAGAAGAAGAGGUUGAGGUGACUGACAUCAGUGAUGAGGACCCAGAUGAAAGAGAUGAAGAGUUUGAGCUCUUCUCCCCCAGGCACUCUAGAGCCUCUGACCACCACCAUCACCGCCAUCACCUCCAUCACCAUCACCACCUUGCUAACGGCACAGCCACAUCCCAGCAUCACACCAAUCCUGAUGAGGACCUGGACGAGGAUGUCUUUAAAGCCCCCGCUCCACCUCCACCUGGUCUGACGCCCUUCUUCACCUCACAGCAAACACACUCCAACUCCCACCGUGGGAUACCCGUCCUCAAAACUGAACCCAUUGAGCCGGGGGAGAGCAGCACUCCCCCGCCUCAGACGGGCUCGGCAGGAGCUUUCCACACUAAGUGCAUCCCCCUGAAGUUACGCUUUAAACGGCGCUGGAGCGAAGACCAGCGCAUGGAGGCCUCACAGGAGGAGUCCGAUGACAAGAAAGUGCGACCAGAGGAGGAGAGGGAAAGACAGAGGCAAAGCAAUGGACGGAUGCAGAUGGAGGAGGAUGGGACAGGCAGUGGAGACGGGGACAGUCCUCCCCCUUUGGCGUAUGAGGGCUCUUUAGCCACGCCGUUGGCCUCACACCGGAGGGUGAGCGCCGAGCUGCAUCGUGCCACUGCACAGCUGUCCCUGGAGAACAAAGACUGCUGAUGAGACAUGCAGCAUAAACACUACUGUUCCAGUAGCACAGGAGAUUGUAAAUGGUUCCUCUGUAAUCCCUCUCCCACACUGACAAACUAGAUUCUUGAACCCAGUAUCAGUAAACUGACAGCACAGUUCAACACACACACACACACACACACGUGCGCGUAAAAGCAGCCUCUCAAACAUGAAGCCCGUCAGAUCACCCAGCUCACUCAGCUAUGUUCUGUUUGGGUCAGAGCCUUUCUGGGACAUGUCCUUUUAGAUUCAGCCAUCCCAGACACAGUGACUGUGGCAGUGGGUUAAAUCACAGGGAAGCUCCCUCAUGAAACUUCACCUCCCACCAGGACGACGAAUCUCCAGAUGCCCUGUCCCAGUAGCACAGCUCCUGCCUUCAUACCCCAACCAAUAGAAUCCACAGCCAGUCAAGCAAGACUUUCCUCAGGGGGACACUGACUCCCUUACAGCCCAGCUCUGCACACCCAGGACGACAUCGUGCUCCCUCUUUCCAUGAUACUUUUCUUAUGAGACAACAGGACUUUGACAAGUGCCUGUAUCCAAAAAACCCACAGCCCACAGGCGGCGGCAAACAGAGGCAGAGUGUGUGGGAUAUGAGCAGAACAACUGCUUCGAGAUGUCAUCACUUAACUCGUGAACCCUUCGCAAAGUCUGCCAGUUACUGAAAAAUCACAAGGAUGAAAAGGAAUGUGUGUCUCUAAGUACUGAAGAGUGGGGCUGUUGGCGUUGUCUGACUGACUCUUAAACCUGACCCACUCCACUCAGGGAAGCCUAUUGCUGUAUGUUUUAUUGGAAUCAUGCACACAAACAGACUCUAGCAAACAUGACUAUUAAAAAAAACAAAAAAACAGCCAACAGUGAAUGGAACUUGGGGACGAUAUGGACACUAAACAGUGUUCACAGCAACACAAGACCAUACACACACCGCCCUGUCAGAGAUGAUGAUUUUAGUUUGACCUUCCUUCUGUCUGUCUCUCUCCUGAACUGCCCCUCUUUCCUCUUGCGGACCACCUGUGGAAAGAUCAUGACUCCACUCAAUAAAAUGAAAAUGGGAGAGAAGACUGAAGAGGAGCUGCUGAAGGGACCACUGAGGGACAACACUGGGGGAGGAGGGAUUUGAGGGUGGGCUGCAGUAACUUUUAACUAACCUUCUCGCCUCACCUAACAUGGCUUGUACACUGAAAAUAGUUUCCCUCAUUCCCAGCAGCGCAGAGUCCCAGUUCACCAGAGGAAGCUCUUUUAACAAUCAUAGAUAGUGUUAAAUAAAACCAGCAAAGACUCUCUCUCUCACACACACACACACACACACACACACGUGUGCACAGCACUGCCUUUUGCUCUUAAAGUGAUAGCUCAGGUUUUGUGGCGUGUUUGUAAGAGGUGCUGACACAUUUUCACAUUGCUCUCACUUAAAACAUAGCUGCAAGCGAGUACACUUAAAAAUGCAGAGCCUAAUUAAGUCUACGAUAUCUCAUACUUUGCUACAAAAUCCCGCAGAAGACAGAUUUUUCCAGCUGGAAAGUGACGUUUGUAAACUGUCAUCCUCUCACACCAAAGUCCAGAGGGAAAAUCAGCGUUUUUAGGCCACAGUGACACAGCAGCUGCUUGGUUUGGUAGGUUUGUGUGAACAAAGGAUUUCAAACACAGAAUUCCCAAUGUAACACCCUUGAAUUUACUGGCGGAGGCAGGAGUGGAUCAACAACUCCUCUUUGCCAGAAUGUAGAAACCAAUUUUCUCUCUGGACUUUGGUGCAGGGAAAGUGAGCGGAUCAUAAAGCCUCACAACAUCAUUGUCCAUGUGUCAUGCACGGUGACAUCAGCUCAGUAUGUGUCAGCAUCUCAUACAACAGCACUUCCAAAAACCCUGAACUAUCCCUUUGUGAAUGUGCUCCCUCUCUGUGUCUGGACCUCCAGCUCUCCUUGUAGUGUCGUCAUCCUCAGGUCCACUCACACACACACACACACACACACACGGAGCCUCUUUAUGCCUUGUUUUUAUAGCAUGAACUGAAGUGCAAACUGAGCUGUAAUGCGGACUAUAUCUUUAUAUAUACUGUGUAUGUAUAUAUAUAAAGAUAUAUAUAUAUAUAUAUAUAUUAAAUGAAACUAUUCAAGAAAAGUGAGAUUUUAACAGACCCAUAGCAUUUUAAUGAUAUGAUUGAUUCAGGAUUUUUUCUUUUUUUUUUUUUUUUUUUUUAAGCGUAUAAUAUUGAGUGUCAUGUCACUCAUUCAUUAACUGUAUAACAGAGUGCGGGUGAGGGCAGGGAGAGGAAAGGUUGAGGUUCAGGCGUUUCUUGUACAUUUGUUUCAUAACCAGACAAAAACCAAACAGGCCAGUUUACCGUCUAUUAGAAGAAAACAAAACAGAUGUGUGCUUCACUUUCCUGUCUGUACAGUCUCACUCUGCUCCCACCCUGAGCUGUCCUGGCCCCAGGCCGCCUCUCCAGGUGUGUGCGUGUGUGUGUGAGAGAGUGAGCUCAUGUGUUAUUAUUGACACAGUAAUCUUGUCAUUACGUUUAAAGGUCCAGUGUGUAACAUGUAGGAGGGUUCGUUGGCAGAAACUGACCAAGAACUAUGUUUGUACAAGAGUAUAAUAGGGCUGCAACAGACGUCAUUGGUUAUUGAAACGAUUAAUCGUGUAAUGACAUUAUAAAUCACACAAUGGCUCCAUUAUCCCAUUAUGUUUUAGAUAAUAUACAGUCUAGAAGCACAUCAGACUGCAAUUACUAAGUUGUCUUAAAGGGCGCCGUGAGCACAGCGCGGCCUACAUCAACUAGCAACUUGCAGCGUGAUUACAACUAGAUUUCUGAUGACAACGUUGUUUAGAAUAAACCUUUUAAAUCUACUCGCCUUGCUUUAGCUGCCAUUUUGUGCCACAACAGACAAACCUGCCCGAGCAGCGUCUGUUUUUCAAGUGCAAACUUACAACAUUAAUUAAAAAAGAAUAACUCCACCAAAUAACUGAGUAUAUCAACUUAAAAACAUCUUUUGUUUGUUGCUUUUACAUAUUCAUUGGUGUAUGAAGGUCGCCACAUACUCGCUUGGUAGAGGGAGUGGUUAACUGUACUCUCGCCAUUAGGUGGCACUGAUUCUUACACACUGGACCUUUUAAAGUCAGUUAGCGUUCACUGCAGCGUUGGAGUGAUGCAAAGGGAGCUUUUUCAGACACACACACACACACCUACACACACACGUGAGCACAAUCGCGUUGGAGCGUUCCGUCUCUGCAGCCUCAUCAUCCAGGCGUCUGAUUGGUCGAUGUGAGCCGUGUUGACCAGAGAGAGGCCUGUCCCUGCCUGACCAGCAGCGACAAGACGGAUCUAUAGCAGUGAACUGUGAGAUAGAUGGCCUCCAGGCAGGCGCUCUGUGUAGCUGAGCUGAUCCAAUUUCCUCAUCAGAGCCUGUGGUCUGGACUGGAGCAGGACGCAACACACACUCACUAACUCCUGUGUCUGUAUUUGAACAGACUGCUGCCUUAUUACUGUGUUUCAUAUCUGUGCUGCAGCUCGGCCUACCUGCUCUGCUCUCACUUGUGACUUCCUGCUGACUGUGGCGUGCUCUGACACAGUCAUGAAUGAUGGUGCAGGGUUAAAUGAAUGACUGGAGUCUGGUUGAAACGCAGGCUGUCGGUCGAGGAACGGAAGACAAACAGCACAAAGACGACAUCUUACAACUGUUAAAAAAUAACAAAAACGUUUGCCGAGUUCAUUUUCCUGGUGUCAAUAUUGCGGUUGAUUAUUGUUGUUGUUCUUAUUGUUCUCAUUGGGGGUUGUUUACCUCUCCACCUUGCAUUAUUAUAAUUAUUCUUAUUAUUAUUAUUCCAUGGUUCUGUUAGCUGUUGCUUUCUAUGUUGUGUACAUCAUUUUGGACGAUGUGGAAUCUCCUCACCAAACCCCCAAACUCCAUUCCCCGUUUCAGAACCUUCAAACCCCUGAACCAGAAAUCUCUUUUUUUUUUUCCCUGUAUUUCAUUUUUACAAUUGUAAUUUAACUAAAAAUGUGUAAUAUUAAUUUUGAUGCAGACAGAGAAAUAACACCAGGGACUGCGAGGGAAGAGCGGUGACAGAGGAUUUUAUUUAGGGUCAGAGGGGAAGUGGUUUUAUCUUUAGUCAUGUGUUGUGAUUUUUAUUUGAUAAUGUGUUUUCUCUCUUUCUCUGUCCCUCUCGUAUAUUUUUUUCAUUUUUUGCGGGGGGCAGUGGGGUUUUAUGUUUUUAAAAGAAGAAAAAAGAUGUAUUGUUUUACUGUGUAAACGUCUAUCUUCUCCCUCUUUCAGUCUCUUCUUUCCCCCUCGUCUCCCCCGAGCAGUUACGUAACACUCAGUCGGAGAGAUGAGAGUUAAUACCAUGAUGUAACAUUGAAUAUUUUCUCCACUUCUUUCGUGUUUAUUUUUUUUUCCUCCAAACUUGUAAUUAAGCUGUAAUCAGGGUUAAUUAAAACCAGUUUAAACCCAA